UACGUUGUUUUCCCCAAAAACAGCUCCUUCCUUCCAAGAAACUAUAAACAUUUGUUUCUAUAAAAAAAAUACAGAAAGCUCUUUUUUUUUUUUCUUUUUCUUUCUUCCUUUUAUAUUUCAAUUUGUGUCAGUUUCAAAGUUUCUCUGCUAUUUCAAGAAAAUGCAAGUAAUACAUAGAUGGCGUAACGUUUUGAUGGUGAAGGAUGCACUUAUUCAAUCAACAAGAAUUGUUGCUUCUACACAAUCACAAAAUACCCAUUUGGCUUCUUUCCAUUCUACUUCAAUUUGCUCCCAAAAAUGGAAAAACAAGUUUAAUUCUGAAUUUAGAGGAAGUCAGCCGCCAACUAAGGAUUAUAUCAGAUAUGCAACACGUCAAAAGCGUGCUGACUCAAAAAAAGCUUUGAAAAAUCUUCUUUUUUAUGGGGCAUCUGGAAACUCUUUUGAGAGUGAAUCUUCAACAAUAGAUGAUAGAUGGGAUGUGGAUCGAGAUGAUCGUUCAGAGAAGAAAAGUGAAUAUAAGUCUGCUGCUCGUCGUAGAGAUCGCUUAAGGAGAAGGAUGCGAAAAAUGAAGAAACGGAGAUUAUCGGAAGACUUCGAGGAAUAUCCCGAGACAGUAUUCCAAGCAACUUUUGGUAAUAAGCGGUACACUUGGUGUUCUAGGCCUGGUAAAUCGUCUCCUUUUGAAGAUCUAUUCUCCCGAAGACAAGAAACAGACUGGUCAGAACAAAGGCAUUGCAGAUGGGAUAAUGAAACUGAAAACGAGACACAGACAGAAUCCAACUACGAAUCUUUUAAUGUAGGGUCUUACUCUGAAAGAACAAUUCUUGGUUUACCCCCAAGGGGUCCUCUGAAGAUUGAGGAUGUCAAGAAUGCUUUCCGUUUAUCAGCUCUGAAGUGGCAUCCUGAUAAGCAUCAAGGCCCUUCACAGGAUCUAGCAACAUAUAUAGCAGCUAUUUGACACUCCGUGGCCGAUGGUGGAUCUGAGUAAAAGACAAUCUGGAAGGGAGUUACUCUGUUGUUCCUUUGUCUUAAUUAUGGUGAGAGUGGGCUACAGAGCUCAUCCCGAUGUCUCUCUAGUUCAAGGAAGAAUCAGAUUUGACAUGUGAACAGAGACAUUAGCAUGGUUGGUAUUUCUAAUAAAUUUACUCUUGUAAAUACUUGAAAUAAGUAUUGACAUUUUCGACAUAUAAGCAAUUGUAAGCCAGAGGAAAGGAGGAAGUCGACACUGUUGAUUUUGGAUGUGAUUUGAUUUGUAUGAAAGAUUUAUCUUCUACAGUGGCAAUACAUUAGCCUAUCCUUCUCUUUCGGUGUCAAUGCCUUUAUUGAAACUCUGUGUUCUGGAAUUCUAUGUUACUCGGACUUUCCAAAAUGCUUUUGUUCCCAUGUCGGGUCCUCCAAAAAUGCACUACUUUUGGAGGAUUUGACACGCACCCGGCAGCAUUCUUGAAGAGUCCGAGCAACAUAGCUGGAAUUUAGCUACUCAUAUUUGUAUUCUAGGAGC